UUUCAGGCCCGUGAACGGACCCGUAUCAGGACGUAGCCCACUCACGUCCUGUGUACAGCCCGUGAAUACGGGCUGUACACAGGACGUGGGGCUACAUCCUGUUUACAGCCUGUAAAUACGGGCCUGUAUCAGGGUGUAGCACCCACGUCCUGUACACGGCACGUUAAUCACUGAGCAUGCGCAUACUUUUGGAAGCAAGUCCAGCUGUCAUACCCACACCAUUAAUGAGAUAGAAUGAAUAUGGCAAACAUUCCAAGUACAUCUAAAGUAUUUGCUGCUCCGUUCAAGACGUCAGACUUACCUACAGUCAAAACAAAAGAACGAAAGAAAACGUUGGUACUAAUUUACUUUGGGGGUUCGGAACCUGUCGAAAUCGAAGCCACCACAGUGGAGAGAGCUCUGUGUGAAUUAAGCACAAGCAUGAGUUUUGACAUUGCAAGCAAAGUCAUUCAAGACAGAAAGAAGAGGGUUCUGGCUCCUACAACGAAACUGGUCAAUGGCGGGGUUUACCAUCUGGGCAAUGCACCCUCCACAAAUCACCCAAGCAAGCACUCACACAAUCCUAUUCUGACAGAAGUGCUGAAGGAAUUAAAGGAAAUUAAAGCUAAACUAAGACAAGUGCAAGAAGAGCAACAACACAGCAGGAAGGCCAUUGACACGUUAAAAACAAUGAUUGAGAAAAACUCUCACGUUUUUACCGUGGAAAGCACGUCGUGGGGUGUUUCUCUGAGUUCCAAUUUGGCCAAACUCUUCCUAAUGUCUGAAAGUAGAGAAAUAGGAGACGAAGCCAUCAAGGCACAAAUGAGAGCAUGUAUGGACAUGGAUGAUAGGGCAGACACGGAGGUACUGUCACUUACUCUAAAAUGGUGCAAAAAAAGGUUGAGCGAUAUGCGUAUCGACGAAAGGCGCAAGGUGCUAGGUCGCCAACCUUACAAAGGAUUUCCCCUAAAGAAAUGUAGCGACCUAGCUAAAGAGACUGUGAGAACUUUGAAGGCUCCCAUGGACCGAGAGAUUGAGACAGCAUACACCCAUAAUUUAGCCCUGCUAAGAAAGUAUGCAAGAGAAAACCCUAUUGAGGCGCAACAACCGGGAAAGCUGUACAAACUAUUUAAUAAAUGGGUACAACAUGUUUAUGGGACUUUUAGUGCCAUAUCUACUGAUAAAUGGGCACAGAUACUCCUGAAGGAAAACGCACUAGUACUAACUGGUAUGAUAACGUACAUGUAUGUGUACAGCAGUAAUAUGUGUAUCUCCUUACAGUGCCAGAUUGCUGGUAAGUACUUUGAAAUGUUAAACCUCCCACAUUCAUGUACUACCAAUACCUUAGGGAUCCCAAAGGCUGAAAACACACAGUUACAGAACAUUCACUUCAUCACCUGCUCAAACGAAAUGGACUGUAUUGACCUGGCUGAAGGCUUCAUUGAGGACUUGGUGAAACUCGAGACGGAAGGGAUCGUUGUGUAUGAUGCUCAUCUCCAAUGUGAAGUGCUGCUGAUUGCUACAGUGAUAGCGCUGAUCUGUGACAAUCCUCGUGCUUCAGAGCUCACCUCACACCUGGGUAGUGCAGCCAAACACUACUGUCGGAUAUGCAUGAGUAACAGAGACACAACGGCUCACAUGAUAUCCAGACGGCGCUCAAAGGAGGCAUCACUAAAUCAGAUGGGGAUCAUCAACCGGGCACAAACAAAGUCUCUUGCUAAGCAAUUGCAGACAAAAUAUGGCUUGUAUGGUCAGACCAAUGCACUCUUUCAGCUUUCGGUUGAUUUGUACAAGAGCACCCCUAUUGAAUGUCUCCAUACUAUCCUCUUGGGUGCAUACAAGUACCUCUUCAAAGACCUGAUGCAGAAAGCCACAGUAUUUUUGAAGAAGAGCAUAGCUGCCAAAAUAACAGCCUUCCCUGCAUCAGGACGUACGUCAUCUCUGUCCGGCGGUAUCACCAGAUACUACCAGUCCUGUGUUGGCAGGGAUUUUAAGGCACUCGCAGAAAUGGCACCAUUUGUUCUUUGGGAACACCUCACCUGCACAGAGAGGAAGAUCUGGUUACUCCUAUCAGAGGUGUUCAGGGCAGCUUACUGUGAGCAAGUAAGUGCCCAGACUGUGGAGAAUGUUAAGGAAGUGACCAAGGAGUUAGUUGAGACCGUGAGGCAUGCCAAGCCGGAGUUGCUCCUUAAACCUAAGUUUCACCUUUUCCUACAUUUACACGAGAGCAUGCAGUCAUUUGGACCAACAAUGGCAUACAACACGGAGAGGUGCGAAAGUUUCAAUGGACUCAUGCGUGAGCACAACCUGCACACCAAUCGGCAGUCAUCGAGUCGUGACAUUGCCAAGAGAUUUGCAGUGAUGGAGCAACUCUACUUCCUACUGAACAAGGGUGUAUAGCACCAGAAGACGCUACAGUAAGAAUUGGAGAUGAUCUAGCCCAUCUACUCACCUCUCAAGAAGUGCGGCAGUAUGCCUUCAAUAUUCACCCUCACACACUCAACUCUUCCAAGGAGAUCUACCAGCAUGGCACUCUGAGGAAGGAACAGUCUAAGGCAGUACCAUUGAAAGAAGUGACGUUCAGUUUACCAAAAGGGGAAACAACACUUGGAGAACUAAGAAUGGCUGGCUAUGUCUUCUUCAUAGGUGUAAACAGAGACACCCCGAUGCUUAUAUACAAAUCUGUUUACCUAGACGGAAAGUGGGAGAAAGUGUGGCCUACAGAAGAGAAAAUGAUGACAAGAUUGCAUAUGGACUACUAUCAACCCUUUUGAAGUUUCCUGACGACACGCAGGUAGCGGUGGUGCUGCCCUACAAGGAAGUGGGACGAAUGAGCGAGAAAAAUUGUGAGCUGGUGGAGACAACCAAUCACUUAAUAAAGAUUCACCCUAAUUGCCUAAUCAAGACCGUGUCAAUUGUACAUGACUGCAACAAGAAUUGCACCAUCACUACCACAGCUUCAGUCACAAAAGAAAGGGAAGAGAUAAACACUGACAAGUACUUCUCAGUACAACACGAUUACGAACACAACCAGUACUGCAUUAACAAAUACUGCAUGAGUUCUAUUUAGUUUUUAGUUUUUAUAUCUAUUGUCAUUACAUUUAAUUUGUACCUCUUAAAGAUCUCAAGUGUGCCAAUUAUUUUCUCAAUACA